UAUAAAAAAUGGAAGAGAGUAAGAAAAAGAAGAAACCAGAAGAGCAAGUUCAAGAGCCUGAAUCAGAUUUACCAGAAGCCUUAUUAGAAUAUCACAUUGUUGCAAAAGAAAGAGCAAUUGAACGGGUUUUGUUUCAUCUGGAAGGACUGGAAGAAAAGAUCAAAGAAAAUCUUAAAAAUAAUGUUGCUCUGAAGGAAGAGCAGAAAGUGCUUAUCUGGCGCUUAGUAAGGCAAAUAGAAGAAAAGGAGAAAAAACGAGAUGAGAAGGAGGUUGUAACCAGGGAUGAUGUGGAAAGGUCACUGAAAGAAGUUUUUCAGUUUGUGAAGGACAAAGAGCAACUCCUUCAAAAUCUACGCUCCCAAAUUGAAGAAACUAAGAAAAAAAUUUCAGAAAAGCAAAGUGAGAGAGAUUAUUGGUUGGAGUACAAAAAUGUUGGAAGUAAAAUACAUGCUGAGAGGAUUAGCAGUCUGGAAAAAGACAUUGUGGAAGUCAAAUAUGAACUUGAAAGAACUGAAGAAUAUUAUAGAGAAGCUUUGAAGGUUGUGAGAGAAGAAAAUCAGAAACUGUUUGACAGGCACAUGAAAUUACUCAGUGAAGAAGCUCUUAAGAAUGCUGUGAGAUACUUAGACAAAAACUGUCGGAGAGAGAUUGAAGAGAAUGAGUGGCUAAAAGAAGAGGUUAAAAUCUACCAAAAGGAAGAAAGUGAUUUGAAAGCUUCUGUCCAGCUCCUGGAAGAAGAAAAUACCACUUUAUUGGCAAAACUGAUUGAUAUCAAACUGCAGCAUCUAAGAGUAUCAGGGCAUUUGUUUCUUACAAAGGGAGCUGGUUUGCAAGAACUUUCUAAGGAUGCAAUGGAAAGGGAAAACAGAGAAUAUGCAGCAAAGACAGAUGGAAAGAGCCUCAGAAGUGCCUUUCGAAAGAUUCAGUCUAAAACAGAUUAUGAGAAGUCUCAAGAGAGUGAUGAAAAGCUGCAGAAAAAAUUUUUCACUCCAGCCCUGGACAGCUUGUUGUAUGAAGAUGAAGAAGAGUUCCAGGCAUACUCAAAACUGGGACCUCUGAAGAGAAAGCUGUAUGUGGUUGGAAAAGCUGUGCCUACUUGUAAGGAACCAGAAGAAAUGUCAAGGAGGAGCCACAGAGAAGAGGACACUGUUGGUAAAUCAGAUGGACAUAUUACAGCUAAGAUGAUCAAGGCCUUAUUUAAGGAAAAUGUUGAUGAAAACUAGACAAGCUGUGCUCUUGACAAAGAAAUGUAACAUUCUCAAUUCAUUAAAUAUUUGCUCUCUUCUGUGCAGCAUGGGGCUUUGAGGAAACUAUUUUAGAAUGCCUGAAUCAUGGUUUUAAGUUUCAUGAGAGGUAUGCCUGUGUGCAGAGGCUAAUUGAAAGGUUCCUUUCCUUACCGCUGCAAGACAUCUUGUGCACUUUUUGGGGUAUUCAGUCCACGUAGCAGCAUAUCUAUCUAAAAGGUCAGAACUAAUGUUUAAUUUGUGCUGUCCCCACUUGCAGAUAUGGAAUUCCCUCUUGAUCAGACAGUGGAUGGGUAAAUGCAGGCUGCCAUAAAACACAGAACUGUUACAAAAUACUUAGUGCUCUGCUAAAGCAGAAUUAAUUUAUGCAAGCAUAAUUCAACUAUUGCUAUAAUAUGCUUUUUUAUCUGUCUCCACAAGACCUCUACUUAAAUACAUUGAAAUAAACAAAAAUUAAUUUAAAAACAAUUUAAAACCAGCAUAAAAAUCUCUAAGGUCUUAAAUAUUUUGUUUGUUUAGAAUUGGCCAAAUAUACUGUGUAAGCCCAUAUCCUUGGUUUGUGGCUGGUCUCUUUGAAGUGCAUUGAUGAAGUGGGAGGUUCCCUCUGGACACCCUUUCAGCAGGACACAACGGGUCCUUCCCACAUGUAGGCUCUGACUUGUGCAUUUCCUCAUUAGAAACUUGUGACAGCAUUGAAUAAUCU